AUGGCGUCGCUGGGUUCGAAUGCACCGGGGGAGGCGGUGGCGGCAUGUCAGGGCGACCUACCAACACGGCCCCCACCGAAGGUGACCGGUGAUGGCCGGACGUGGGCGGCGGUGGCGAAAGGCACGGCCAGGCCGCCGAUGUGGACCCAGGACCAGAUCUCUGAGGAGGAAGUGGAGGCGCUGAAGCUACGGUUCACGGAUGAGGUCGAGAUACCGGCGGAGGAGGGUGAGCUGGCUAGAGCGGCGUGGAGGGACACUGCGGUGAUCGUGCGCAGUAUGGGCCGCCGGGUGCCAGUGGAGUGGAUCCGCCGGGAGCUGCGGGUGGUUGGAAAGCUCGACUACGACGUUGAGGCGUUUAUGAUGGCAAAUGAGACGUUUGCCUUCCGCUUCCGGACGGUGAAUGAAAGGGAAGCGGUCAUGGAGGCCGGUCCGUGGCUGGUGGCCGGCCAGUUACUCGCCAUGGAGCGGUGGCGACCGAAUUUCGUCCCGGGUGAAAAGCAGCUCAACCGGCUGGUGGUCUGGCUCAGGCUUCCCAACCUGCCGAUGGAGUAUUGGACCAAACGGUUGAUUUUGAACAUUGCAGCAAAGGCCGGCCGCCCACUGGCUUUGGACAAGAUCACGGAUCACGGCUGGAUGCUAGGUUUUGCGAGAGUCAAAGUGGAGCUAGACGCGAGGGAGCCGAUCCGACCGGGGACCUUCGUCCGGAUAGGCACUGAUGUGCACUGGCAAACCUUCCGUUAUGAAAACCUACCGAUCUUCUGCUACCGGUGUGCUCGCCUUGGUCAUGGAGUCGACGCUUGCCCCUAUCCGCCGGAGCCGGUGGUGUCUGGAGCUUCGGGUGACUGCAUUGCUCAGCAGGCCUUGGCACCGGAGUCGAAGGAGGGGGUUGAGGCGGGGAGCCAGCUCCCCUUUGGGUCGUGGCUGUCGACAACCAGAAUCCGUCAACCGAGGGCGAGUAAGCCGGUGAAGAAGACGACCGGGUCUGAGGACACGGCAUUGAAGGAGACGACUCACCUGGCUCCUGAGUCCGGGCCGAGCUCCCCACGCAGGACGCCGGGUUCCCCUGAGUCGCCAAUGGAUACCGAAGGGUGGCAAAAGCCAACCAAGCUGGCAAGGCGGAGAUCACCGGGGAAGGGGGCGGCCGGUGACUCGGUGGUCACGAGUGGCGAGCCCAUCCAAAUCGGUGCGGUGACCGAGUCAGCUCCGAGUCCACUCAGGGCGAAGGGUCAAAAUCUGGGCCUGGAGAGGCCGGCCCACCAGGUAGGCCCUGGGUCGGUCCGUGGCCAGGGCUGCAGCCCGAUGAAGCGGGCCAGGAGCCCAACGAAAUCCGGCCUGUCACUGGGGGCGGGGAAUGCUGUGUGA